AUGAAGGAUGACAUUUCUCCUGAAGACAGUGUCUCUCAGAUUUUCAUUCAAACUAAAAGUCGUGUAAGUACAGUGGCUACUUCAGUUAGUGCCCGCAGAUCUCAAGAGACAGCACAUGCUGUGCUGUUGAUUAAAGCUCAGAAUCAAAAAAGGCAACAAGCUCUAGAAGCACAGCUGAAAGCACAACUGAAAGCUAAAAGAGAUCAAUUGGCUUUGGAAGCAGCUAUAGCAGAAUCCGAAGCAAAACUGAAGGCUCUUAAAGGACGCAAUCGCAGUCCUGAUAAACCAAUGUUCCUCAGAAACCAGAUGGCAUUUGAUCGAGCCGUCGAUCAGGUGGUAAAUGAUGCUGGAGACAAAUUAGAGUACUUAGUACAAUUUAUCAAAGGCAUGCCUAGAGACAUUGCCCAGAACUGUGCAUAUCUUCCACUAGCAGAAGGGUUUAUCUUACUUUAUAUCAAGUCUUCAGCUUUACAAUUGUGUACACAUUUGCUGCCUACUGUUGAUACACAGAGAAUAAAACCCUCAUCUUCAUUAAAUAGCAUCACAAAGCUUUCUGUACAAAUGAUGCAACAACCAAUCACCAUUAAAACUGAAGCUCUUGGUCGCCCAUUCCAGCUGGGGAUGCUUUAUGACUGUCGUAAUGAUCAACUUGUCCAAGGAGUGAUACUGUGGAAUGAAUUGGAUCUGGAGAAAGAUGUCAGUGUUAAACCACAGAAUUUUACUGGUUAUUCACUGGAGACCUCCAACUCAUUGACUGACAAGACUAAGGCACUUAAUAUCAAUGCAGCACUGAAAGGAAGUUUUGCCUGUGGUCUUGUAGAGGUUGAAGGUUCAGCCAAAUACCUAAACAACAGCAAGUCACUGAAACAUCAAGUAAGGGUAACUCUGAAUUACUUAAUGACCACCAAGAUUAAACAGCUCACAGUGAGUCAGCUCAGCAGAACCAACGCUAUAUAUGAAGAAGUAUUUACGAAGGGCACUGCAACUCAUGUGGUUACAGCAAUUCUGUAUGGAGCUCGAGCUCUUCUGGUGUUUGACAGAGACAUCUCUGAAAAUGAAUCUGUUGAGGCUGUUACCAGAGAUCUUAAAGUAUCAGUUAAUAAAAUCCCACUGUUAUCGAUUGCAGGUAAAGGGGCUGUAGACUUGUCAGAUAAAGAGAAAGAGGAAACUGAAAAAAUUCAGUGUACAUUCCAUGGUGACAUUCAUAUUCCUAAUUGUCCUGUUGACUAUUUAACAGCCCUAGAUUUCUACAAGACCUUGCCAGCUUUACUGGGUAAUGAUGGUGAGCACGCAGUGCCCAUUACUGUGUGGCUUUACCCCCUCAGUUUGCUGGAUCCCACUGCUGCCAAGCUGGUGCAUGAGAUCAAUAUUAGCCUGAUUACCCAGGUAGAGCAUAUUGUGGAUUCUUUAUUAGAGGCGGACAUGAUGUGCAAUGACCUUUUAACAGAUUACACUGUCAAGGAGUUCUACAUCAUAGAAAAGAAAAUCCUUAAAUUCAGAACUCUGCUGAGGGACUACAACCUUAAUUUUCAGAAGAAGCUUGCUGAAAUUCUGCCAUCAGUACGGGGAGGAACAGUAAAGGAAUCUGAAUUGGCUGACAUCCUUGAAACACAUGGAAAGUCACCAUUCAGUCACAAGAAACAGCAAAAUUUGAUGAAUUCAAUACAGAAAGAGAUAAAGGUGAUUAAAACUCUGACUAAAGAUAUGGAGGAGCGCAAUGUUUCACUUUAUACUGGAAAAAUGGAUAUAAUAGAAGAAUUGCAUUUAACACCAAACUUUGACUGCAUUGUGAGCUUCAAUUUCAACUUGUUAAGCAAUGAAAACAAAAUUUUAAAUUCAAUGGAAGAUUAUAUUAAAUCUAUAGAUCAUCAAAAAGGUACCAGCAGAACUGACAUUGAGAAUAAAGCACUGAAUGAUGAUGAUUUGGUAUAUUCACAGAUGAACUUUAAAAAAACACGACAGAGAAGACAGCUCUUUCUUGAUUUCGCAAGUAACAACCAAGAGAACAAAGCCAGCAAGUUUGUUGUUACAGCUCAGCCUAUGGAGAAACAAGAAUACAUUUCAAUUCUCUUGUAUUGCAAUGGAGAGCUGCAUAAUUCAGACUUUGAGCCUCCUUCAGUUCCAGCUGUUCCUCAAGUAUUAAAAACAGCAAGUGACUGGGCAGAACUAAAACUAUCCCUCCCUCUUUAUGGAUCACUGGCGACAAUUAAGUAUUUGCUGCAAGUUCGAAAGCCUGAGGGUGAAUGGAGCUCGCAAAUGACCAUUAAUACUGAAAAAUGCUUUAUUCUGAAGGAUCUUGAAAAGUCUACACAGUUUGAAGUGAGAUAUGCAGCCGUGUGUGAAGCAGGUGUGGGACCUCCUAGUGAAGUUAUCUCUGUCUCCACCAACGACUCAGGUUCUGUCACCUGCUGCUGCCAAGAUCUAAAGGAGCUCAACUUAUCACACAUUUGCCUCACCCCAGAGUGCAUGAUAAUACUGUCAAUGACUCUUCACUGUUAUAGACGUGUCAGUCUUUGCUCAUGUGAUCUCACCUCUGAUGGUUGUGAGGUCCUCUCCUUGGCUUUGUCUGCUGGACACUCACAUCUCACUGAACUCGAACUAAAUAACAACGAACUAGAAGAUCCAGGAGUGCAUCUGCUAUGUGAAGGGAUGAAGAAUGAAAACUGUAAAUUAGAGAAACUGAGGUUGAACACAUGUCGUCUCACCUCUGGAUGUUGUAAGGCUCUCUCCUCGAUUCUCUCUGCUGAACACUCACACCUGACUGAGCUGAGCCUAAAUUACAAUUACCUGGAUGAUUCAGGAUUGGGUCUUCUGUGUGAGGGGCUGAAAACCAAAAACUCUAAAUUAGAAACACUGAGGCUGUCUCGUUGUUCUCUUACCUCUGAGUGUUGUGAGGCUCUGACCUCUGUUCUCUCUGCUGAGCACACACAUCUGACUGAGUUGGAGCUAAGCAACAAUAACCUGGAAGAUUCAGGAGUUAAUUUGCUGUGCAAGGGACUGAGGAACAAAAACUGUAAACUAGAGAAACUGGGGCUGUCUCAAUGUAAACUCACCUCUGGAUGUUGUGAGGGUCUCUCCUUGGCUCUCUCUGCUGCACACUCACACCUGACUGAGCUGAAGCUGAGCGACAAUAACCUGGAGGAUUCAGGAGUGCAUCUGCUAUGUGAAGGGCUGAAGAAUCCCAACUGUAGAUUAGAGACAUUGAGGUUAUCAUCAUGUGGUCUCACUGCUGGAUGUGGUGCACCCCUGUCCUUGGGUCUCUCUGCUGAACACUCACGCCUGACUGAGCUGGUACUAGGAGACAAUAAUCUGGGGGAUUCAGGAGUGAAACAGCUGUAUGAGGGGCUGAAAAACAAAAACUGUAAAUUAGAGAAACUGGGACUGACUAUUUGCGGUCUUACUUCUGGAUGUUGUACAGUGCUCUUCUCAGUUCUCUCAUAUGAACACUCACACCUAACUGAAUUGUGGCUGGGAUACAACAAAUUGGAGGACUUAGGAGUGAUCUUACUGUGUGAGGGGCUCAGGAAUAAAAGCUGUAAAUUAGAGAAACUAGGUCUUCAUUCAUGUUGUUUCACUUCGGAAUGCUGUGCCAUUCUCUCUUCGUCUCUUUCUGCUCAACACUCACAACUGAAGGAGCUCUGGCUGAACAAUAAUGAUCUGCAUGAUAAUGGAGUUCAUCUGUUAUGUGAGGGGCUGAGGAAUAAAAACUGUCAAAUAGAAAAACUGGGGCUGUCUGGCUGUAGGCUCACCUCUAGGUGUUGUGAGGCUCUGUCCUCAGUUCUGUCUGCUGAACACUCGCACCUGACUGAUCUGGCAUUGGAAUACAAUCGUGUGGAAAAUUCAGGAGUUUGGAUGCUGUGUAAGGGGCUGAGGAACAAAAACUGUAAAUUACAAAAAUUGUGGCUGACUCAGUGUGGUCUCACCGCUGGAUGUUGUGAGGAUCUCUCCUCGACCCUCUCAGCUGAACAAUCACAUCUGACUGAGCUAUACCUGAAUAACGAUGACCUGGUGGAUUCAGGAGUGUUUUUUCUGUAUAAGGGGCUGAUAAAUAAAAACUGUAAAUUAGAGAAACUUGGGCUGAGCGUUUAUGUGAAUGAAGAUUACAUAAAGACAAUAAAGAAGAAGCUGAACAGAGCUGGACGGCGGCUAGUAAUUGAAACACAAAAAAAAAUGAUUUGGACUUCCGAUGAUGGAGCUUAUAUCAGCUCAGUUCUGCAAAGAACUGUUUGAAUGCUUCUCCUAACAUCCUCUUCAACUUGU